GCUGAUGUCUCUGUGUUGUGUGUCCCUGCAGGUGGAGGAGGACUUGAUGAAGUAACGUCUCCAGUUGUCCACAGGAAGCAGCCGUCUCCCAGGGAGACAGCAUGGCUGCAGCCAGCAGCACCAAGAUCUCCUGGAGACUGCAGGAGUUCGAGGCUCACUCCAGCAGCGUUACGUGCCUGGCUCUGGGGAAGAGCUCGGGCCGCCUGCUGGCCACGGGCGGAGACGACUGCAGGGUCAACAUCUGGGCCGUCAGCAAGGCCAACUGCAUCAUGAGUUUGACUGGUCAUAAGAACCCAGUGGAGUGUGUCCAGUUCAACACGUCAGAGGAGCAGGUCGUCGCUGGUUCCCAGUCUGGAUCCAUACGGGUCUGGGACCUGGAGGCUGCCAAGAUUUUCAGGACUCUGAUGGGACACAAGAGCAACGUGACCAGUCUGGGUUUCCAUCCGUUUGGACACUUCCUCGCCUCCAGCUCCAUGGACACCAACAUCAAGCUGUGGGACGUACGGAGGAAAGGAUACGUGUUCAGGUACAAG